UCAAUUUACGAAAGGUCUCUUGUAAAGGAUCCUUCUAACGAAUACGCGCCACAUCAACGACUGUCAACAAAAGAAUUUCUAUGCGGUCACUCGACUUGCUAGAAAUAACAACCAAUGCUGUUUUAGCUUAAGAAACACACUACUUCCGAAAAAUAAAAAAUAAAUUGAUUAGAGGUCAGAGGUAAAAUACCUUUCACCAUAAGUCUUCUCAAUCGGGAGGUGAUCCGGAGUUAAGGGACGACAUUCCGGGUCUGCAGAAGUUAAAUAAAUUAUACAGAAAGUUCAUUUCGAACUCAAAAGAACAAUGAGAAGCACAAACGUCUGCCUUCACAUCAGCAAAACCUUCCCAGAGAUACUUGUUUCGGUAAGCCGAACGUCUGCCUUCUUUCAACCAGCAUUCAAACAAUAUUUGUUUGUUUUUCCUAUGAAUACUUAGGAUUUCGUUUUCCAGUAUAUUCCGUUUUAAGAUCCUUUAGUAACAUUUGAAGAUUUAGUCAAGGCCAGAUUUAAACCAUGGGGCACUUCAAGUUCGGUGGGCCCCUUAUACGCAAGAAUCUUAGAAAAUUACCAAAUUUAAAUCUCAAACCCAUUUGUUUCAAAUAAUUGAAUUUGAUGAGUUAGCAGAGAAAGUUUAAAUAAAUGGCUGAAAAUGUCGCUUUAUAGAUUUUUCCAAAUUCAAAUUUGGUUUUCCACACAUCCACUUGCCAUGUUUGACUUUUCCUUCAUUGUAAAAAGUACAAUGAAGGUGGAAAGAGUAGGUAUUACGAUUUAACAGAGAAGACUGCUGACAGCUUGAAAGACAACUGAGAUAAGACUUUUACCUGGAGACUUAGUGCUGAACAUGAAAUUUCUUAUUGUCUUGAUGUUAUAUAACUUCCUAACAAGUCUUGUACAAGGAGCCACUGCAAAAAAGAAAGUCGAGACCAGCCCAGUUAUUGUCGAUGGCAAACUCUCUGAGGAAGGUCGUUGGCCAUGGAUGGUCUCCAUUACUGCGAAACACAAACGGAAAGCAUUCAACUGUGGAGGCAUGCUUAUUACUAAAUAUUGGGUCCUCACAGCGGCACAUUGUCUUUAUGUCAAUGAAAAAAACAACAAAUUAUUUUCGAUAAAUAACCUGAAGCUUGUAAUUGGAAGCGUGGACAUCGAGAACUAUGGUCCUGACACACAUGUAUCUGAGGUUUCUAAAUACAUUCAUCACCCUGGUUUUGUCAUGGCAGACCUACAUAAGAAAAACAAUGAUAUUGCAUUAUUGAAAAUGUCCAAUCCAGUACCAAGCAAAGAUUUUCAACCGAUUACUAUUGGUCCACCAAAUAUUCCGAAAAUAGGAGACAUGUGCAUGGCUAUGGGAUGGGGGUGUGCUAAAUAUGGUACAAAGCAACCAACACAAAAUGAGCUUUAUGAAGUUAUUUUACCAAUUCUUUCAUUGAGCAAAUGCUCCAAGACAUUUAAAGAACUAUGUAGUGGGAACACGUCAACGAAAAUAUGUGCUGGGUAUUUUGAACGAGACAGAGGAAUAUGUCCGGGCGAUAGUGGUGGACCCUUAAUCUGUCGUUUUAAGCAAAAAUGGGUACUUUCUGGGAUCACAUCAUUUACUCUGAGUCACCUUCCGGCAAUCUUCACGAAAGUAACAUCCUAUGAAAAAUGGAUUAACGAAACUAUAUCCAACGAUUUCAAAGAAAAUUCAGACCAGUUAGCAGACGAAGACCGAUAUGAAAUUCUUCCACAUUAUAUAAAGCAAAUUUCUGGGAAUUAAAAUCAUCGACCUAUCACCAACACCAGUAUCUAUCAACCAUGGUUUUGCUUCAAAGGAAAAUAAAUCAGAAUUUUCUAUUCGUAUCGGUUUUUAACGAUAAGUGCCCAGAAUAUGUUUCAGGAUCAAUUCCGUUCAGUGAAGAACUUACUUUUACGAACUUAAGCUUG